UCGAAGUUGAUCUAGAAAUUUCCGAAAAUAAUUUGUCUGAUUUCAGGGAAAGAAAUAAAAAUGGAUCAAAAUCAAGGAGUCUUGGGCGAUAUGGAAUUUGGUGCAAUGAAAUUACUUAUUGAAAAGGCCAAAAAGUCCGCGACUUCAAAAAGUAACCAAUUCAAAAGGGAAAUGAAGAAGAGUGAAAAUGAACUUAUAGCAAUGCAAGAUCCGGUGAAUCAAAAAAUAUUGAAAAAUGUGUUCAAGCUCCAAGAUAGUCUCUUGAUGGAUGACAUCGAGGAAGCUCAAAAAAUGGAGAAGCAACUUGAGGACAUUGAAAGUUCCUCUGAUGAUGACUCAAACUUCGGUAUGGAGGAAUAUGAAGCUGAAAUGGCCAAAUAUCAGCUUAAGAAUAAAUAUGAGAAUGCUCUGAAGGACAAUAAGAAAUUAGAAGCCGACGCUAAACGUUCUUGCAAUGAUCCAAGUCCCGAUACAGAGAACAAUCUAGCUGAUCUAAAACAACGCCACAAGCAUGAAGCAGAAGUUUUUAAAAAGGUGCACGGAAAACUGAUGUCCAGCUUCAAGAAGGAUAUGGACAAGCUCAUGGGCAAAUUUGAUGCGGAGUACUCCCGGCUCAGGAAGGCCCAUUCCGAGGCUAUGGCAGACACUAAAGGGGAACAGGAUAAUGCCGAUACCUCUAGCACUCAUCAACCCUAGAAUACGUUUUAAAGUUUAAGAGCAUUUUACACUUUACACUUUACACAUUACAAAUGAAGUGCCAAAGAAACCAGGGAAGGGUCGAAGAAAAAUGUUCCGAAGCUAGUUUAUGUUAUUUUAAAUUUUAAUGUUAUUAAUUGCAUUCCAAAAAUGUA